ACACUUGCAGCUACAAGAAGCAAACUGCCACUUGACUACAUGAAAUAAACAUCUGAUGCUAAAGUGAAAGGACCAUUCAUGCGCCAGAGAACUUCAAUAGCUGCUGAGCAUCAAAAAACAGCCAUUAGGAAAUGUAAAGGGUUUCAGACACUUCUUCCAAGAUUUGUAAAUGGAGCUUGUUAUUCACUGAGCCAAGAGCAUGGUGAGGGGGCCGUGUGGAAUUCAAUCCCUGGCACACUUCCCGGCCAUGAUGAAAGGAUGGCAUAACUUGCCCUUUGUUGUGUGUGCAUCCCAGCAGGUAAAGGGUGCAAAGAGAGCGGGGGGGUGUCUCGGGUGGGUGCCUGCUGUGACGUCACGGCCUUGGCUGCGAGGCUCUAGAGCUGAGCACUGGGAGUGAGAGCAGCGGCGGGAGCAUCUGCGGCUCUUCGGCACAGCCAAGGACAGGAGUGCAGUGGUCUGAUACAAAAUGAAUCGUGCGUUCAGCAGGAAGAGAGAUAAAUCAUGGAUGCAUACUCCAGAAACAUUGUCAAAGCAUUUUAUUGCCUACAAUGCUAAAUUUCUUGGAUGUACAGAAGUUGAGCAGCCCAAGGGUACAGAGAUUGUAAGAGAAUCAGUAAGGAAACUUAAGUUUUCCAGACAUAUUAAGAAAUCAGAAGGCCAGAAAACCCCAAAGGUUGAACUACAGAUUUCAAUAUAUGGUGUGAAAAUUCUAGAACCUAAGACAAAGGAAGUUGUUCACAACUGUCAGUUACACAGGAUAUCAUUUUGCGCUGACGAUAAGACAGACAAAAGGAUAUUUACAUUCAUAUGCAAAGAUUCAGAGUCAAAUAAGCACUUAUGUUAUGUGUUUGAUAGCGAAAAAUGUGCUGAGGAGAUCACAUUAACUAUUGGCCAGGCUUUUGACCUGGCAUACAGGAAGUUUCUGGAGUCAGGCGGAAAAGAUGUUGAAUCAAGAAAACAGUUAGCUGGUCUGCAGAGAAGGAUUCAGGAGCUGGAGACAGAAAAUACAGAACUGAAAUGUAAAGUACAAGACCUAGAGAACCAGCUUCUAAUGACUGAUGCAUCUUACUCCCCCACAGACAGUACAACACCCCAGUCACCAUGUACUGAUAUAUUUGAUAUGAUCCCUUUUUCUUCCAUCUCACCUGAGUCAACCACGCCGACACGGAAUGGAUCUCCUCAUACACCUAUCAGAUCAAGUGAAACCAAAAAAGAUCUUUUUGGAGCAGAACCUUUUGAUCCAUUUUGCUGUGCAGCAGGUGACUUUCCUCCAGACAUACAAUCCAGGCUGGAUGAGAUGCAGGUGCAUGACACGUUUUAAAAUGAGGGGUUCAAAAUGGGAUUAACAGUAGAAGGAACACUUUUUUGUCUGGACUUUGCUGAUCACAGAAGCUGAUACCAUCAAAACAUCCAACCAUCCUUUGUAAUACUCCAAUAUUUAAUUUGUUUACUUUUUUGUUUUAUCUUCUGUAUGAGCCAAAAAUAUUACAUUCAAUUAACACAAUGAUUCAUUUCGGAACACAGAAUAGAAAAUACUUUUUAGAGAGCCAAAUAUUGUUUAGUGAUGUACCUUUAGCCUAUGUAUUUCUAAUUAAAAUUGAAACCUCCACUCAAUUCUUAUGUUAGUUUUAGUGUUUUACAUCAAAAAUGCUACAAAAGAACUGCAGUUGUUGUAGUUUUUUUCUCUGAAUUUAGUUUUUUCAUUUGCAACCUAGUACUUGUAUUCUUUUAACAUUUUUAAACGAGAUAUCUACAGAGAAUGCAUAUGUACUCAUUUUAUGGGACUGCAUUUUAGGUAAAGGUGACAUUUUAAAACAAUGUAGAGCACUUUAUGUUUUAAAUGGUCACUAUUUUUAUAAAAACAAUAUCAUUUUAUUCCUUGAUUUCAACAUUCAUUGUAGUAAGUGAUGCCCUACAUCACCUAGUAAGUAAAAAAGAAGAGGCUAUAGCUUUAAAAUGUCUAAUUAAAAUAUAUACAGUGAUCAUAGCAGAACAAACUCUGGACAUUGAAUUAAGUAAAGAUUCCAAGUAUUUGCCUUAAAGUUCAAUCUAAUGAUCUCUACGAGUUAGAUGUUUAGCCUUGACCCACAGGGAUGUAGCGAACUGCCGAUUUGGUGUUUGCGAACGCCGUUCGCGAACACCGGCAAAAAAUGCGAACGUUCGCGGACAGUUCGCGAACUUCGAACACCCGCUAAAAUCGUUCG